GGCAUUUUACAGAACGCAAACAUUUGCGGUCUUCGCAUCGCCACAAACAUCGAGAGUAAAAUGGCCGCGCUCAGAGCAGUUGUAAAGCUCAACCCGAGAAUCGCGUGUCCGCUGGUAAAUCAAGUAAGAUACCGGCGAAUUCGUGGACGAAACCCAAGGGAGCCCCACCUUGAAAAGAAGAUGAUUUUGGAAGUGUGCAAGCCUAUUAUACCGCGUCGCGCAGAGCCGGAGUGGGAGAGAUGCAGCAUGGCAAAUCGUAUUGAUGUGGAAAGAGAGCCGCACCCAUACAAUAGAGUCAGAGCAAACAUUCUUCGAAAGGAGCUACACGAAGCGAAGCUCAUCUGCUUUAUGCAUGAAAACCCAUCCACUAGGGAGGAUAGGAUUAAGGUGCACAACAUGCUGUUCAAAAAGAACUAUUUUCUCAAAGCGUACAACAAUGAAACAGUACGCCUUGCCAUCAAGGGCACCAAGUUUGAAUCUGCAAUGCCAUUUACGAUGUCUCGAAAUGCCCUCAUCCUUAGUCCUGAAUCAGACGUGGCAACAUUCUUCAAGUUGACCAGGAAGAUGCCGCAAUUUAUACUCCUUGCUGGCAUAGUCCAUGGACGUUUCCUCAGUAGAGACGAACUGCAAUGGUUGAGCACAGUGCCGAACAUCGAGUACCUUCAAGGACAGACGUGUGCAAUCCUUGCAUCAAUGGCAUCAAGGACUCUCCAGAUCACAUCCCACCACCAGACUAAAUUAUCCCAACUGCUGGCAAGCCAUGCCAAUCCUGCCAAUCCUGGCAACGAAAGUGCAGCCAAUGACGAAGCCCCAGCCCAGUCUUCGUAAAGCACCUGUAAUACAUGUAUAGUUGAUAGUAAAGUUUAUUACGAUAUUGC